AUGCCCACUCUUGCAUUGACCAACUUCAACAUCGUGGUCAGCGUGCUCGGGGGCUGGAUCUCGCUUUUCGGCCUGGUUUCCUAUCUCCUCAAAGAGAAUUUCUAUCUCUCUGAAGCCCUCAUCUCUCUGUUGGCCGGUGUUGCCUUGUCGCCCCGAGCUGCAAACCUUAUUCGACCGCUUGAAUAUGCAUUGGGGUCCGAGACCAAUCUCAACGCAGUCACGCUCGCCUUUUCCCGCCUCGUCCUUGGCGUGCAGCUUGUGCUUGCCGGUGUUCAGCUCCCCAGCCGCUACUUGCGCAAGGAAUGGCGGCCCUUGUCGCUGCUCGUCGGCCCUGUGAUGACGGCGAUGUGGAUGAUCACAAGCCUGCUCGUCUGGGGGCUGGUGCCAAACAUCCCCUUCCUCCAUGCACUGGCUAUUGGCGCUUGUGUGACGCCGACUGAUCCCAUCCUGUCCAACGUCAUCGUCAAGGGCCGCUUUGCCGAUCACAACGUGCCCAAGGAGCUGCAGAAGAUCAUCAUUGCCGAGUCGGGCGCCAACGACGGCCUCGGCUACCCAUUCCUCUUCUUCGCUCUCUGGCUCAUCAAGUACACCGGGGAUGGCGGUGUCAGCGAGUCCGGUGGCGCGGCAACCGCCAUGGGUCUCUGGUUCGGCGAAACGUGGGGCUACACCAUCUUGCUGUCCGUCCUGUACGGCGCCAUCGUGGGCUGGGUGGCCAAGUGCCUCCUUUACCACGCAGAAACGCACAAGUGGGUAGACAGAGAGAGCUUUCUCGUCUUUGCCAUCUCCCUUGCCCUGUUCAUCACCGGUACUUGCGGCAUGAUCGGCAGCGAUGAUGUCCUGGCUUGUUUCAUCGCCGGAAAUGUCUUUACAUGGGAUGACUGGUUCCGUCUUGAGACACUCGAUGAGGAAAGCUCCAUUUCAACUAACCAAAUGACCUGGUGCAGCUCGCUUCAACCGACCAUUGACAUGCUGCUCAAUGUGUCCAUCUUUAUGUGGUACGGUGCAGUCUGUCCCUGGGAGAAGUUCCUGGACAACGACGUCGUGCCUAUCUUGCGCUUGGUCCCCUUGGGCAUCCUUAUUCUGCUGCUGCGGCGGCCGCCAGUCAUACUCGGAGCUCAUCGCUGGAUCCCGCAGACCGAAGAGAUCCGCCAGGCCUUGUUCAUGGGAUUUUUCGGUCCCGUGGGUGUGUCCGGUAUCUUUUAUCUGUACAUCACGCUGGAGUUCAUCGAGGGGCUUAGCCACAGCGGGGGCACACGCAAAGACGUGGCGCACCUUGGCGAAGCGACGACUGUCAUUGUCUGGUUUGUUGCCAUUUGCAGUGUGGUUGUUCAUGGUCUCAGUGUGCCUCUUGGCAAGCUGGGCUUCUGGUUCCCUCGCACACUCUCCCGCACCUUGACCAUGGAGAACGAUCAGGAGAGCGGCCGGGCUCGGCUGCGCAAGCGUGUGGGCAAUGCCUUCCCGAUCCUGUCGCCUAUCCGGUCUCAAUCGAGAAACAACUCCCCGCGUGACUCGAUGCUCAACGUGGGCUUGCAGGGCAGUCGUAUUGGCGGAUCGGUCAUACGCAGCAGCACAGCACCCUCGGCGGCCAACGAAAUUCAGCCUCACCGCCCGGAGACGCCUCCGCUUCCGAGUCGCACAAUCAGGUUUCCUGACGAUAUAGAGUGA